GUUUAUAACAUGGUAUGAAUGUGCGCAUUGAUUCGCAGAUUAUCUACAUCAACUGGCUAUAGGUAGAUGCUCUUACCUACAUCGACUGGCUAUAGGUAGAUAAUCUUACCUGCAUCGACUGGCUUUACUUUCUACUGUAGGACAUUUUACCUACAGGUAUAGAAUCAUUAGAAGAGAUGGCAGCUGACGAACUAAACAAUCGAGGUGAACAUAUGUCCAUAACAGAGCAACUCCAAAAGUUAUUAUUUCCAGACAAACACGAAACAGCAUCUACAACUGAUUUACCACAAAGAUUAGCACCCGGUCAGGCCAUGAUACACAAACAGAUACUUAAAGAGAAUGUCAACAACGACAGGAGCGAUAAAAGCGAUACAUUACAAGACGCUUGUAGAAAUGGAUCUGUAGGUGAUGUUAAACAUCUGAUAGAUCACGGUGUAGAUGUCAAUAGGAAAGGUUUAUAUGGCAGAAGUUGUAUCUUACUUUGUUGUACAUCACUUAUUGAACCCAUUGAAAAAAUAGAAUUACUAAGGUCAAAUGAGGCCAAUAUUCAAGAUAUUGACGAUGAAAACAAUGGUAUGUUACAUUUGGCGUGUGGUUUAGGCACGCUAGAAACAGUUCGGUAUCUUGUAAAUAUAGGGGUAGAUUUCAACACUAAAGGGUUUAAAGGUAGAUCCUGUAUCAUGGCGUGUAGUGAGUCGAAAACACAAGCAAUUGACAAAAUAGAAUUGUUACGGAAAAUCGGUGGGAAUAUCCAAGAUAUUGAUGUAAAUAAUGAUAGUAUGUUACACCUAGCUUGUCUUGGUGGUACACUAGAAACUGUUAGAUAUCUUAUUGAUCAAGGUCUAGAUAUCCACACUACAGGGAGGUAUGGCAGAACAUGUUUAUUAUUAUGCAGUCAAUCUCAAACACAAGCAAUUAAAAAAAUUGAAUUAUUAAGAUCAAAGGGGUGCAAUAUUUUCGAUUGUGAUGAUAACAAUGACAAAAUGUUAAACGUGGCUUGUACUUUUGGUAAAUUAAAUACAGUAAGAUAUCUAAUUGAUCUGGGGUUAGAUGUAAACUCUCAAGGAGGGCGUGGCAGAACGUCUGGUUUAAAAUGUUGUCCAGAUGUACAUCCAUUUAAAUCACAGGCUGCCAAGCGAUUAAAGUUAUUAAGGCUAAGUGGGGGUAAUAUCAUUGAUUUUGAUGCCGAUAACUAUGGUAUGUCACACUUGGUUUGUGGUUUGGGUCCAUUAGGUUUUGAAAAUUAUAAAAUAAAACUACUGUUAGGUAUCAAAACCAAAACGAUCGGAGAGUAUGGCAGAACAUGUAUCUUAAAUUGUUCUCAAUCCAAAACACAAGCCAUCGAGAAAAUAGAAUUACUAAGGCAAAUGGGGGGUGAUAUUCAUGAUGUUGAUGCCGAUAAUAAUGGUAUAUUGCACAUGGCUUGUAUUUCGGGUACGUUAAAUACUGUAAAAUAUCUGAUAGGUCUAGGGAUGGACAUAAAUACCAAAGGGAGGGAUGGGUGCACAUGCAUCGUAUAUUGUUGUCAAUCUACAACACAGGCCAUUGCGAAAAUCGAAUUCUUAAGGUCGAAGGGGGCUUAUAUAUUUGAUACACAUAAUGAUCUUAUAUUACACUUUGCUUGUGCUUUUGGUACAUUAGAUACCGUAAGAUAUCUGAUAGAUCUAGGCUUCGAUAUAAACACUAAAGGCUUUAAAGGCAGAACAUGCAUUUUAAACUGUAUUAAAUGUGAAACACAAGCCAUUAAGAAAAUAGAAUUAUUAAGGCUAAAGGGAGGUAAUAUCCAUGAUACUGAUGACGACAACAAUGGUAUAUUACACCUGGCUUGUGCUUAUGGUACAUUAGAUACCGUAAAAUAUCUGAUAGGUCUGGGGCUAGAUAUAGACAAAAAAUCUUUUGUAGGUAGAACGUGUAUGUUACAGAGCAGUAUCUCUGAAAUACAAACAAUGGAUAAAAUAGAAUUUCUAAGGUCGAAGGGGGGUAGUAUACAUGAUACUGACAAUAAAAACAGUGGUUUGUUACACUUGGCCUGUCUUCGGGGUACAUUAGAUAUAGUAAGAUAUCUUAUAGAUCUAGGGUUAGAUAUAAACACCAAAGGUUUUGAAGGUCGAACAUGUAUGUUAAUAUGUAGUCAAUCUAAAAUACAAGCAAUUGGUAAAAUAGAAUUAUUACGGUCAAAGGGGGGUAAAAUUUAUGAUAGGGAUGAUAUUAAUAAUGCAGGUAUUUUACACUUUGCUUGUGCAGACGGCAAAUUAGACACCGUUCAGUAUUUAGUAAAUUUAGGACUGGAUAUCACCACUAAAGAUAAAUUAGGCCACGCCCCUAUUUCUUUGAGUUUUGGCUCUGAUGUACAAUCUCGUGAAAAAGUUGAAUAUUUAAUCUCCAAGGGUGCCAAACUUUCACGGUGGGAAUCGAUUUAUUUUAAGGCGCGUUAUCGUCAUAACGCAAUUCCAUGGCGCACAUGAUUUUAUGUAUUGCCACUGACAACGGUCUUGGGAAGUUGCUGACACAAACUCCAUCACAUUAAGUCUAUCUUAGGAUACUGGCCGUGCUCCUGUAAGUCAAACUCCAAGCUCCAAGAUGUUUUGUGUCGCUCUCACAUACUUUUAAACUAUUAUUUCCAACCGAAAUGUUAGCACUGUUAAGUUCCUUUGACAGUGAAGCAUAUUUUGACCUAAGUUAAAAUGCUACCAUUGCCCUUCAUUACAGAAGUUAUUUAACCAACCGAAUCCAUACUGUAAAGAUAAAAAUCGUGUACUCGUUUUUUCUGGACCACCCGAAAAUUAAGUACUGUAAAAACUUGUUUUUAAUAUAUAUUUACUGUGAUAUAUUUUUUUUAUUAAUGUUUGUAUAAUAUAAUGUAUCCACUAUUUGACUGUUCGUAUAAUUUACCCACCAUUGAUUGUUUGUAUAAGUUACCCAUUAUUUCAUUGCUUGUAUAAUUUGCCCACCACUAGAUUGCUUGUAUAAUAUAUCUACCAUUUAAUUGUUUGUAUAAUUUAAUCAUUAUUUCAUUGAUUGUAUAAUUUGCCCACCGUUUGAUUGUUUGUAUAAUCUAUCUACCAGUUGAUUGUUUGAAUAAUGUACCCAUUAUUUCAUUGUUUGUAUAAUCUAUCUACCAUUUGAUUGUUUGUAUAAUCUAUCUACCAUUUGAUUGUUUGUAUAAUUUACCCAUCAUUUCAUUGCUUGUAUAAUUUACCCAUGAUUUCAUUGUUUGUAUAAUCUACCCAUCAUUUCAUUGUUUGUAUAAUCUAUCAUUGCUUGUAUAAUUUACCCAUCAUUUCAUUGCUUGUAUAAUAUACCCAUCAUUUCAUUGUUUGUAUAAUUUAUCUACCAUUUCAAUGCUUGUAUAAUUUACCCAUCAUUUGUAUAAUCUAUAUAGCAUUUGAUUGCUUGUAUAAUUUACCCAUUAUUUCAUUGCUUGUAUAAUUUACCCAUCAUUUGAUUGUAUAAUCUAUCUACCAUUUGAUUGUUUGUAUAAUUUCAUUGCUUGUAUAAUUGACCCACCAUUUUAUUGUUUAUAAAAUCUAUCUACCAUUUGAUUGUUUGUAUAAUUUAUCCAUUAUUUCAUUGCUUGUAUAAUUUACCCAUCAUUUCAUUGUUUGUAUAAUCUAUCUACCAUUUCAUUGCUUGUAUAAUUUACCGACCAUUUGAUUGUUUGUAUAAUCUAUCUACCAUUGGAUUGUUUGUAUAAUUUACCCAUCAUUUCAUUGUUUGUAUAAUUAACCCACCAUUUGAUUGUUUGUAUAAUCUAUCUACCAUUUGAUUGUUUGUAUAAUCGAUCUACACUUUGGUUGUUUGUACAAUCUACCCAUUAUUUCAUUGCUUGUAUAAUUUACCCACCAUUUGAUUGUUUGUAUAAUCUAUCUACCAUUUGUUUGUUUGUAUAAUUUACCCAUUAUUUCAUUGGUUGUAUAAUUUACCCACCAUUUGGUUGGUUGUAUAAUUUAAUCAUUAUUUCAUUGCUUGUAUAAUUUAAUCAUUAUUUCAUUGCUUGUAUAAUUUAUCCACCAUUUGAUUGUUUGUAUACUAUAUCUACUAUUUGAUUGUUUGUAUAAUUUACCCAUUAUUUCAUUGCUUGUAUAAUUUACCCACCAUUUGAUUGUUUGUAAUGUCAAUCUACCAUUUGAUUGUUUGUAUAAUGUACCCAUUAUUUCAUUGGUUGUAUAAUUUGCCCACCAUUUGAUUGUUUGUAUAAUCUAUCUACCAUUUAAUUGUUUGUAUAAUUUACCUAUUAUUUCAUUGCUUGUGUUAUUUACCCAUCAUUUUAUUAUAUAACAUAUCUACCAUUUCAUUGUUUGUAUAAUUUACAUAUUAUUUCAUUGCUUGUAUAAUUUACCCACAUUUGAUUGUAUAAUUUACCCAUCAUUUCAUUGUUUGUAUAAUCU